AUGGUAUGCACAGCUAUUGCAAACUGUGCAGAAGAAAAUUGUACAAGUCCAACAGAUCAGACCUGCAUCACAUGUGUCAACAAUAAUGUGUACUUCAAGUUGACGAAUAAUGCCAGAAGUUGCAACCGCACAUGUUCGUCUGAUAACCAUUAUUGCUGGCCUGGGUCGUGCAGUGAAAGUUUAGCGUCAAAUUGUGAAUGCAGCGCAGGAUUUAGAAAGCACUCCACGACAAUAAAGACAUUGUGCCAGCCGGAAACCAAACCAGAGAUUCAUAGCUGUCAAACAGUAUUCACUGGACCCAAUGGAGAGAAAAAAGGGUUAGCCAGUAGUAGGCAGUCUUCGCAUUGCCAGUAUUUGCAGGACAAUUAUGGGAAUUUUCAGCCGACAACAAUCACAUUCAAUAUGUCAUCCGAAUUUACGAUAGAUAUUUCGGCACUGCCUCGGCCACAAUACAUCCAAACAGAUCUGUUUGGAGUAACAGACACAGCAGUUCUUAUAUUAAAGCAAUCAACCUCAGGUCAGGAGACUGAUAUCAGUUCACACGAGAUGAAGACUGACACCACAUCUAGCAGAAAUGCAGAAAGAUUGGUUCAAAACGAUGGAGUAAUAUUAGUUAAUGACUCAAAAUACAAUUUGAUAAACGGAGAUGCUCUCUGUGUUGAAUACAAAGCAAAAGGAGGAGGUUACUUCGAAAGCAAAAAUCAGAACAAUUCACAAAUUGAAAUAGUUACAUAUGAUAAAACGGUAACUACGGAAACGAAAUGCUACAAAUUUGAUAAUUCUCUUCCUGAACAUUGUUCAGAAGGUAAUUUCUGCCACAAUGAACCAUUGCAAAUUGAGAGAAAGGUUACACGAUCCGGCAUUGUCGAUAUUGCUUUCCAAGGAUGGACUGAUCCAAUACCAAAUCAGAGCUUCCCAUCUGGGGCAUCUGGCAUUGAACAUUUUGAUGUGAGAGUAAGCGAGGUUAUCCCAGUGGGUGAUCAGUUGAAAGUUGACACUAGUAUUUAUUACGAAGAAAAGGUGCCUACUUCUUCGACAAAAGACGUCACACUUAAUCUAACUACUUAUGAGCCUAGACUGUUUUCUGUGCUUUUAGAGGUUAAAGAUACAGCUGACAACAUACGACAAGCUCGAAGAUUUGUCUUAUCCGAUAGCACAUCGAUUUUAAAGGUAAGGGAAGAUUAUCCGUGUAUCAUUAAUUCAGCCUCAAGGGUGACGGGGUAUACUUGGCAAACCAACUUCGACAAAGUAUGUUUGACAUGGAAAGAACAUUUCUACAACGACUUUUAUUUGCACAACCCCUUACUCAGUCCGAUAGAACCGGAUCCACACGGAUUUAUUACAGGCGUAUAUGAGCAUACAGAAGGAAUAUUAUCAAUUCAUGGUACACCCAAUGUCUAUGGCAUUAUAAAAUAUUUAGUAUCAUGGAGGCUGGAUGAUGGUUCAGUUACUAAGGAAACUGAAGUGGUAAAUUUUCUCCACCAAAACUAUUGUCGGGAGUUUGAUCUUAAGGACGGACAGACGUACACGUUUUUCAUCAGUCCAGUAGAUAUUGUUCAAAAUACUCUAACUGAAAAAAGAACUGUUCAUAUUGAUACCUCUCCACCUCAUAUUGAUGGAAUCGGUCUAAUAAAAAACGGUUUCAAGGGGUUUACUGUAAACGACGGAAGAGAGUUGUCGAAAAAGGAAAUUUACUUCGAAGCUGUAGAUCAACAUAGUGGAAUCCGUAAUGUGGAAUGGUGGUUUGGGACGGAGGACACGGGACAGAAUAUCGUUAGUGGGGUGCUAGGUGUUCAACAUAUUGAAGGGGAUUGCGAAGACAAUACACGGGCAUGUUACUGCCCACAUAUUGGAAAAUGUGAAAUUCAUGCUUACACCAUACCACUGAAUAAGUUAGUAGCAGCACAAAAGCACUUCGGUGAUCACAAUCGGAACUACUCUUUCCAGUUAAGGGCAACAAACAACGCACACAUUUCGGCGACUGAAUGUGUUACAAUACUGAUAGAUUACCCACCAUCGGAAGCCGAUACAACUGAAGACAGUAAAAGCGUUGAAGAGUCAUUCCCCACUGUUUGGCUGAUAUCUGGAGUCGCUCUUGCUAUUGUCAUAGUUAUGACUUUUGUUUUGAUUGCAUGCAGGAAGAAAUUAAGAUCGCUAAAAGAUUCACUAGAUGAAAGAAACGACAGCAAUAACACACAAAGUACACAGUCAAAUGAAAGGUCUGAUCGGUUCGAGGAAAAUGAAAUUGAAAGUAUUAAUCAUUACGAGGUAUUGCCAAACGGCACAGAUCAGGAACAUGUAUAUGAUAGACAUCGACAAGUUGCGCUAUCACACGAUAUAGAUAUUGAUAUUGAUGUUGAUGAAGAAAUACGGGGAAAUGAUCCGGAAGAUAAUGUAGACGGCAAAAAGCACCCAAUAGGUAGUGGUAUAACAACUGAAAUUAACAGUGAUUAUCAAAACGUUUAAAAUGACACAUACAAAAUAAUGAUUCUCCGUUAAUAGAUCAUCUAAUCAUAGAUAAUUGAGAGAAGUAAACCACAGAUAUCAGCACAAUAUCUCAGCCAGAUUUCGAUUCUGUUAACAGCCGAAAAUUGUUCUUUCAACGGAAUGCUAAUAUACAUAUAUAAUGGUGUGUUUUACCAUGUGUUAUUAAUGAAGCAGAUUUAUUACUUGUGCUACUUCAUGGUAUUAGUUUUGUUACACGUAGUAUGUAAACAUUUCUGGAUCCCGUUAGAAAUCAGCUGGUGAGGUUUUAUGGGUCAUCCAAGAUUUCAAAAAUAUUUUCUUGAUGCCUCUUUCAUCCUUGCGAAUAGUUAAUUGUUUAAAGUUUGUGUCGUAAAACACUAUACCGACUUUGUUAAAUAUCAACAUAAAUUAUGUCUAUGGAAAUUGGACGCAAUGCUUAUAUGAGUUAACUUUUAAAUUAAUAUAUUAACUUAUUGUUUUGAUUUGUUUUGGAAAUUAUGCACGACAUCCGCAUUGUAAUCAUUGCGCAACUUUUGCUUUAUACCAGUUCUUGAAAGAACAAGUGCAUAUUUCUCGAUGGAAAGCUGAUAAUCGUUUCUGUAAUAAUUAUAUUCAUUUAACUUGUAAUAUGAAUCAUAUUAUGUUUCCUUGAUAAAGUAAAGAUGAAAAUGUGUCGAUGUUAAUUCAGAAAUGAUAAGUUCCCAAACGUGUUUUAUCGUAGAAUAACCGAGUUUUGAGCUCUUAUGCGUAAGAAUAUAUUACGAAGGCCGUAGGCCUGAGUGAUAUAUUGUUUCGCAUAAGAACGAAUAGGGGCAAGUAAUUUAAAGUCAGCGACCUUAAAACUCGGCCACGGAAGCCCCCGGUGUCAUAAGAGAUCAGAUAAGAUAAAAUAAGAUAAGAUAAUAUUAUUAAAGUCUCACUUUGCAUGAUAUACAAACACAGAGAAAAACAUCAUAUAUAAAACGACACAGACAUUUCUUGUCAGAAAUAUGAGAGAAUAUAAUCUAUUAACAAGUAGCUAUAGUGCAUUUUAUUUGGCCUGGCUGGGUGUGGUUUCGCGAUGGUCCACUACAUUUUUGUGCAGGGUAUGUAGCACAUGUAACCAAUGUAGCGUUGAAUUAUAGUCUUUGGUUUACCAAAGAUUACGGAAUGAAACAAUUAUAUUGCUCUACCUAUUUUGCUCGUUUUUUGAGAUUACCAUUAUUUGCAUAUGUCAGAGAUUAACUCCGCCCCGCCAGGUCAAAUAAAAUGGACUAUAAAAAAGUCUUAAUGUUUCACUUAUAUUUACACAAACCUUUAUUAGUAUGAAACAUUUUAAACCUAUAUAUACUAUACCACAAAGUAAGCAUUUUCUACGUAUAUAUUUAAACAUGUAAAAUUAACUAAUUGUAUUAAAGAUUUCUCCUUCUACUUGCAAAAAAAGGUUUUGUCACAUAUAGCAAAUUCUGGAUUUAUCAGCAAGACAUCUUUUUUCUCGGUAUCAUUUUGAAUUGUAAAAUUAUAUUGAUUCCUGAGACUUCUUACAAUAAAUUUGUACGAAUAACAUUGUAUAACUUGACCAUUGAAAUAAAAUCUUUUUAUCCGUCCUUUACUGAAGAGGUACAAUUAAUCAGAUCAUUACCGAAAUGGUUAUAUUGUUGUAUGAAGAUACAAAAAUGUCAUCAGAUGUUGUCAAUAUCUGGCAGUAACAAAAAUAAUACAACGUGGCGGUAGCAAAGCUGUUUAAUGCAUUAUACACCAAGUUUUACUGAAUGGUUUGCCUGCUUGUGGUCGAUAUCGGAAAGAUAGUUGCAUAAUGUUUGCACUUUCUUUUGGCUGACUGAAACUGUUCUUUAAUCUUUCAUCAUGAAACAUGGAAACUAAAAAAUGUUGUUAUCAUUGAGAUGAACAUAUAUUUUGUUAUUGUUAUUAAAUCAAGGAUAACUUAUUCCAAACAUUGAAUGUUUGCACGUGUUUGUUUGUAAAACAGUAUGUCGACCUUAAUUUCAGAGUUCCAACGUAUUUGUUUGAUUUUAGUUGAGCUAAGAGAAGAGCUAAAAACAAUUUUUAUAGCAAGGAAAAAUAUAAACUAUCCAAACUUAGCAAACAAUCACCAAGAAAAUUUUGGAAAUAUUUAAAUAAAUUUCGAAAAUCUAAAAAUGUGUCUACUGAUUUAAAUAUUGAUGACUUUGCAAAGCAUUUUUCACGAAGUUCUAAUAGCAGGCCUGAUGAUUUAAAUAUUGAAUCGGAAUUUCCAAGUACACGUGAUAAUGGGUUAGUUGUUGAGCAGCUUGAUUGUGUUAUCAGUAUAGAAGAAAUUCACAAAACAAUCUCGUUGUUGAAAAGAAACAAAAGUAGUGAUUUUGAAAAUAAUGUGGCUGAUAUUUUUAUCGAUGCGAAAAUUUUUAUAUCGCCUUAUUUGUGUACCAUAUUUAAUUAUAUAUUCGAUAGUGGUAGCUAUCCUGAUGCAUGGACAAAGGGAGUCAUUGUGCCAAUAUUUAAAAAAGGUGAUGUAAAUGAUUGUUCAAAUUAUAGAGGCAUUACCCUUGUGAAUGUCAUAGCAAACAUAUUUUCUUUAUUACUGAGAAACAGAAUUAACAAAUGGUGUGAGAAUGAACAUGUUUUUAACGAUUCUCAGUUCGGUUUUCGAGAUGGUCACUCUACUUCUGAUGCAAUUUUUCUGUUACAUGCUGUCAUUCAAAAGGUUUUAUCUAAUAAUUCCAAGUUAUGGUGUAUAUUUGUAGAUUAUAAACGUGCUUUUGAUACUGUCAGCCGUGAGACAUUAUGGGAGAAACGUAUUAAAUCAGGUAUAAGUUGCAAGAUGAUUAGAAUGAGUAAGUCAGUAUAUAACAAUGUUCAGUCAUGUGUACGUAUAUCAAGCUCUAUGAAAAUGUCAGAGAUUUUCAAUGUCACUAUCGGCUUAAAGCAAGGAGAACCCUUGUCACCGUUGACUGAGAAUGACUUAGACUUAUUGUCAAAAUAUCUUAUUUUAUUUGCAGACGAUAUUGUUUUAUUCACCACUGACCCAAAGAGUCUGCAAGCACAAAUUGACAGUCUAUGGCACUAUUCUGUUAAAUGGGGCUUAGAAAUUAACAUUGACAAGACUAAAAUCUGUAUUUUUGAGAAACGAAAAUGCAAUCAUAACGUAGAAUUUUUCAUAAAUGAUAAAAAAGUUGAAAUUGUUAACAGUUUUAUUUAUUUAGGAAUUAAAUUUACACGUACAGGAACUUUCAGAGAUGAUGUUAAGCUUCUACAUGAUCAAGCUCUUAGAGCUUAUUUUAAUCUUCUGUCCUUAUUUGAUCGUGUGGAUAUGGAUGUUAAAACAAAAUUGUCUUUAUUUAAUUCAAUGGUCCUACCUAUUUUACUAUAUGGCGCAGAAGUUUGGGGUGUCUACAAGUUAAAAGAAAUUGACAAGUUACAUGUUCGGUUUUGUAAAUACCUCCUUGGUGUUAAAAGUCAGACCCCAAAUUAUGCGGUGUAUGGUGAAUUAGGGGUACUACCUUUGUCUGUUGUUUGUAAAAUAAGAGCAAUGAAAUUUUGGUUAAAGAUCAUGAAGAACCCUAAUACUGCUUUAUAUGAUAUUUAUCUUGAUCAGUGUAGAACUAUUAACGGUAUUUGCUGGUCAAAUCAAAUAAACUCUAUUAUAGAUCACCUUGGUUACACGGAUAUACGCAUGAACUUUGAUAAUAAUGUGAACUAUUUCCCGUUGUUGAAAAACAGAUUAUAUGAUCAAUUCAUUCAAGAGUGGAGUGAAUCUAUAAAUGCUAUGCCUAAAUUGGACAGUUACUGUAAAUAUAAAACAUCAUUCUGUUUUGAGGAUUAUAUUGUGAAAUUAAAAAAUACUGAUUUACGAAAAUUGUUUACUUGCAUGAGAUUAAGUUCACAUCAGCUUGAAAUUGAGAUUGGUAGAUAUAAUAAUAUAGAUAGAAGUAACAGACUAUGUAAGAUUUGUAACCAAAAUGUUGUGGAGUCAGAAUAUCAUUUCAUUCUUUGUUGUAGUAAAUAUACUGAUAUUAGAAAAAAGCACCUUGGUAAUACACAAUGGCCCACUGUCCAAAAAUUUAAUAAUUUAAUGUCUUCAAAAAAUGCGAAGGUGCUUGUUAAGCUAGCUAAGUUUAUUAAAGAAGCCACGCAAUAUAGAGUUGAUACACUUACUACAUAAUGUAACGUAGAUUAUUGUAUAUGUUUUGUUUGUUUAGAUGUUUCCUAACAUUUUUGUUUUUCUUCUGUAAUUUAUAUGUUUGUUUAUUGUAUGCAUACACUUUUACUUUUUUGAACUGUAUAUGUAUACAUGUAUUUGUAUCAAUUGUUAAUAUGCCAUGUUCCUAUUAUAUUUGUUAAUGGCCAAAGGCAUGCGUAAUGCCGAAUUUGCCGAAUAAACCUUGAACCUUGAA